GUCCCGCCCCGGAAGUGCGUCCAUCGCACCGCCGGUAGACAACAUUGUCCCGGAAGUGGCUGUCCGGGGCAAAGCCCGUGCACGUGUGUCUGCGAGAUGAAGUUCGCGUACCGUUUUUCAAAUUUGUUGGGUACGGUUUAUCGACGUGGAAAUUUAAAUUUCACAAGUGAUGGAAAUUCCGUUAUCAGCCCCGUGGGGAAUAGAGUCACUGUGUUUGACCUUAAGAACAACAGAUCUGACACGUUGCCCCUGGCCACCAAGUACAACAUCAAGUGUGUGGGCCUGUCCCCAGAUGGCCGCCUCGCCAUCAUUGUUGAUGAAGGGGGCGCUGCACUGCUGGUCAGCCUGGUCUGCAGGUCAGUGCUGCACCACUUCCAUUUCAAGGGCUCGGUGCACAGUGUCUCCUUCUCCCCUGAUGGCAGGAAAUUUGUUGUCACUAAGGGCAACAUUGCUCAGAUGUACCAUGCUCCUGGGAAGAAGCGAGAAUUCAACGCAUUUGUUCUAGACAAAACCUAUUUUGGGCCCUAUGAUGAGACCACAUGCAUCGACUGGACGGAUGACUCCAGGUGCUUUGUGGUUGGAAGCAAAGACAUGUCCACGUGGGUGUUUGGAGCUGAGCGCUGGGACAACCUCAUCUAUUAUGCCUUGGGUGGACACAAGGACGCCAUCGUCGCCUGUUUCUUCGAGUCCAACAGCCUAGACCUCUACUCCCUCAGCCAGGAUGGAGCCCUGUGUGUGUGGCAGUGUGACACACCCCCUGAGGGCCUGAGGCUAAAGGCCCCUAAGGGCUGGAAGGCAGACCUCCUGCAGAGGGAGGAGGAGGAAGAGGAGGAGGAAGAGGGAGAACGAGAGACCACCAUCCAGGGGAAGGCUGUGCCAGCCGAGCAGGAAAAGACGGGGAAAGUGAAGUACUCACGGCUGGCCAAGUACUUCUUCAAUAAAGAAGGAGACUUUAACAGCCUGACGGCUGCCGCUUAUCACAAGAAAACGCAUCUCUUGGUCACAGGAUUUGCUUCUGGAAUCUUUCAUCUGCACGAGCUCCCAGAGUUCAACCUCAUCCACUCCUUGAGCAUCUCCGAUCAGAGGGUCACUUCAGUUGCCGUCAACAGCUCCGGGGACUGGAUCGCCUUUGGCUGCUCAGGCCUGGGCCAGCUGCUGGUGUGGGAGUGGCAGAGUGAGUCCUAUGUGCUCAAGCAGCAGGGUCACUUCAACAGCAUGGUAUCCCUGGCCUACUCCCCUGAUGGGCAGUACAUUGUCACCGGAGGGGAUGAUGGCAAGGUCAAGGUGUGGAACACCCUCAGCGGCUUCUGCUUCAUCACUUUCACAGAGCACUCCAGUGGGGUCACCGGGGUGACAUUCACUGCCACCAGCCACGUCAUCGUCACCUCCUCCAUGGAUGGCACCGUGCGAGCCUUUGACCUUCACAGGUACCGGAACUUCCGCACCUUCACAUCUCCUCGCCCCACACAGUUCUCCUGUGUGGCCGUUGACUCGAGUGGGGAAAUCGUCUCUGCAGGGGCCCAGGACUCCUUCGAGAUCUUUGUGUGGUCCAUGCAGACAGGCAGGCUUCUUGAUGUUUUGUCUGGCCACGAGGGGCCUAUCAGUGGUCUGUGCUUUAACCCGAUGAAGUCCAUCCUGGCCAGUUCAUCUUGGGACAAGACCGUGCGCCUGUGGGACAUGUUCGACAGUUGGAGAACCAAAGAGACCCUGGCCUUUACCUCUGAUGCCCUAGCUGUGACUUUUCGGCCUGAUGGUGCAGAGCUGGCUGUGGCCACACUGAAUUCACAGAUCACCUUCUGGGACCCUGAGAAUGCCGUGCAGAUGGGAUCCAUCGAGGGCAGGCAUGAUCUCAAGACAGGCAGGAAGGAGCUGGACAAGAUCACAGCCAAACACUCGGCCAAGGGCAAGGCCUUCACCACUCUCUGCUACUCAGCCGAUGGCCAGAACAUCCUGGCGGGGGGCAUGUCCAAGUUCGUGUGCCUUUAUCACGUCCGGGAGCAGAUCCUCGUGAAGAGGUUUGAGCUCUCCUGUAACCUCUCCCUGGACGCCAUGGAGGAAUUUCUGAACCGUAGAAAGAUGACAGAGUUUGGCAACCUGGCGCUCAUUGACCAAGACGCUGGGGAAGAGGAGGGGGUGGCAAUUCCGUUGCCAGGUGUAAAGAAAGGUGACAUGAGUUCUCGACACUUCAAACCUGAAAUCAGGGUGACAUCUCUGCGCUUCUCUCCCACUGGACGCUGCUGGGCGGCCACCAGCACAGAAGGGCUCCUCAUCUUCUCCCUGGAUGCCCAGAUGCUCUUUGAUCCGUUUGAACUGGACACCGGUGUGACCCCCAGGAGGAUCCGUGAGGCACUGAGGCAGCGGGAGUACACCCGGGCCAUCCUCAUGGCCUUCCGUCUCAAUGAGAGGAAGCUGGCACAGGAGGCCCUGGAGGCCGUGCCACAGGACGAGAUUGAUGUUGUCAGUGCUUCUCUUCCUGAGCUGUACGUAGAGAAAGUGCUGGAGUUCUUAGCUGCCUCCUUUGAGGUGUCACGUCACCUUGAGUUCUACCUUCUGUGGACACAGAAACUGCUCAUGUCACAUGGACAGCGGCUGAAGUCCAGGGCAGGGCAGCUGCUGCCUGUGGUCCAGUUUCUUCAGAAGGGUCUCCAGCGGCACCUGGACGAUGUGGCCAAGCUAUGUGACUGGAACCGGUACAACAUCCAGUAUGCUCUGGCAGUGUCCAAGCAGCGGGGCAUGAAACGUGCCCUGGAGCCUUUGGAAACAGAGGAGGACUCAGACACAUCUGAUGAAGACAGUCUGCACUUGCUUGGGAGAGCCGGAGAUGAAGAAGAGAUGCCGAUGUAGAGCCACCACCGCAGCCGGACUGGAGAUGGAACUACUGGGCUCAGGAAGUGGGCAAGGCCAGAGGUCCCAGGACCCUGCAGCAGUGAUUUUGUGGGACUGCACACGGGGUCAUCAGGGCAGCAGGCCAACUUCUCAGUCCAGGACCAAGAUGGGUGCCACAGGCACAUGUAUGCUGUGGGCCUCAGGUGCUGGAGUUCACCUUUUUGAGGGGCAGUUUCACAGUAUGGAUUCAAGUGUCCUGUCAGUUAUUUAUAUUUUUAAUACAAAGUUCUAAGGGUGAACUUAGGGUUAAAAAACAUGAGCUUUUUAAAUUUUGAAGACUAGUCUCAACUCUGAUUUUCAGAUGUUUGUCCUGAGUAGUCAUACAGGGUAUCAGGUGAGCAGGGUAGAGCAGAGUGGACACCUGCCCAGCCCUGUCAUCUACGUAGAUACAGACAGGAAGCGAGCACCCGCUGACCUAGGAGGGUAGAUGUGACAUCCCAGGCUUAGCUCUUCCGAAAGAGGUUGUGCAGGUCUGUGCUGAGAUGCACAGUUCAUGUGGAAGAGGGGACAGCCCCUCCAUCCCAGACGUUUCCUCUGCGUGGUUGGCCAGGCCAGGGCCAGCCUGUUGUUCUCAGUAAGGUGACCCAUAGGUCCCAGCUCCCAGGACAGUAACUGCCCACUGGCUUCCUUGGCUGUCAAGGACACAGGAACUGAUAGAUGUGACAUCUGGUGCACUGAGAGCCACAGCUGUCACACCUGAGAGCGCCCUGGUCACCUGGAAUGCACUCAGGUUGGAAGACCAGAGUGUGGGCAGAAACCAGGGGCUCUCGGUGUCACCAGGUCUUUUCCAUGUGUGGCUCAGAGUAGAAAACAGUUACUCCCUGUUCUGCCCUGCACAGAAUCCAAAAUGUCCCUCCUCACCUCGGGCUCGUUGAUGUCACAUGCACGGUAGACAGCUGAAUAAUGUGCUGGAGAUGGAGGACUGUGGUGGGGGCCCAGGAGCUUUGCUCUGUCACUGCCCAGACUCACUGCCUGUUACAGCACUUCCUCUCAGACUGGGGCUCACUUGUUUUAGGCCCAUCCUGUGACCCCUCUGUGUGGAUAAUACAAUUUUAUGGUGCCUUA